AUGUGGACCACGGCUACUCUGUCUCAGCCGAAGCUGAAUGUGCAGCUGCCCACGGUCCGUGAGGACUCGGAACUGGAGGAGGUUAGCGUAAGCGGUAAGACUCGCUGGUUCUACGACCAGAAGGCUGGCCACGACGCAGAGGGUGGCUGGGAAGCAUCCGACGGCGGAGAGGACAAGGACCGCUUCAAGCCAGAAGAGCCGGAGGAGCUGGAGCUUGGCGGCGAUAGCUCCCAGGGAAGCCGUUUAGAGGAGGACGAUUCCAAGACCGACAACGAAAAGCCUUCCUCAGUGUCAUCGCUCGAUAUCUCGAGGCACACACCCCAUCGAGCCUACUGGGUGGAACAGCAGAGCAGGCUGCCCCUGCCCCUGACUGAACUGAUGGAGAAUGAAGCUCUGGAAAUACUCACCGAAGCCCUCCGGAGUUACCAAUCAGAGAUCGGCCGGGGCCAUACCCUGACCAAACAGCUGCAGCGAUACAUCGAGGGACUCAAAAGGCGCCGGAACAGGAGGCUGCAAGUCUUGGCGAUCUGA